UUGUUGCAUUUAUAUCUGACAAACACAUCACCAAAAUGUUUAAAAUGUCUCUGGUGUUCUAUAUAACUGUAUUUCUUAUUUCGGCCAGCGAAAUAGUUUGUAGAAAUAGAAAUAGUCGACUUUUGCUUCACGAUGACGCUUCCCUUGUACAGGCAUAUCAAACAUUAGCUGCAGAGGUUAAUGCAAUGAAGUCUGAAAUAACAACUUUGAAGUCCACUGUCGCAACACUGCAAAGUUACACAGGAACAGGCGGUGGCAACCUUUAUGUCAGAUGGGACAGAACAUCAUGUCCUGCAAAUGGCACACAUCUCGUCUAUUCAGGUUUCUCAGCAGGAUUCUAUUACGGCAAAACAGGCGGCGCUACAAAUCACCUCUGUUUACCGACAGACCCGCAAUGGGCUCAUUAUGAUGACUCGGUAGUCUCUGGUAGUAAAAUAUACGGUGUGGAAUAUCAGUUUGGAGAGUUUCACUCAGAUCAAGGCUCUGCUUUUUUUGGCGGGGAACAUAUCUAUGAAGAGGACGCUCCUUGCGCGGUUUGCCAGUCCACUAGACCGAUCAUGAUGAUGCUACCGGGUCGUCUUGAUUGCUAUCCAGGAUGGACCAAAGGAUACAAUGGAUACCUGGUGUCUGCUCUCGAUGGACAUCCUUCUGCAUCAGAAUACGUUUGCCUCGAUUCAAGACCGGAAGUUGUCAUGGGUGGGCAUGCUAACGAUAAUGGUCGCCUGUUAUAUUUAGUAGAAGUCGUAUGUGGCUCAUUGAAAUGUCCGCCUUAUGUAGAAGGUCGCGAGCUCACGUGUGUUGUUUACACAAAAUAG